AUGGAUUUCUCUGACGAAUCGGAACUUUAUGAGGACGAUGUCCAUGAAAUACUACCGUAUAUGUUUGAACCAAGAAUUGAAAUCCAGAAUCAGGAAGCAGAGCAGAGCGAGUCUGACUCUGACUCUUCUGACAACAGUUCUGAUGAUUCUUACAUCGGAAACUUAGAUGAUUGGUGUGAAUGUGGAUGUUGUGUUAACUUGCCUUCAGCCAAUGGGAGGAAGUGCUGCCAAUCGACAAACAUUGUUGAUGGGAAGGCAGAGGCAGAAGGGGUACCCUGCAUCACCCUUCAUGAGAAGUUCCAGGUAAACUGCCUGAACAUCCAUGUGUUGGAAACCUCCUAUUACGAGUUUGUUCAUGACCAUGGGCCAAGAGAAGAAAAUCAGGAAAUUCAUGAGUUGUAUCGAUACCUUGCCUACAGGCAUUUUACCAGAUGGGUCUACGGAUUACUUUCAAAGAAGUGUAGGCGCGUUAUUCCUUCAUGUGCAGUCAACGCCAUAAGAACACAGUUCCCUUCAGAGCAAUACAGUGGGUUUCAAUACCCACAAUAG